CAGUGCUCGCUUGUCCUUGACCAUGAACUACCUGUCCAUUCCACCAGCUUUCUCGUGGCCUGUACAAUUCUGUCUAUUCUCGACUGCAACGACUUACAUUGCAUCGAUAAUAACCUCUAAUGUCUCUCAAGUCGACCGCGUGUGGACUUUUCUACCAACCAUCUACACAGCAUACUUCGCACUACUGCCUCUUUGGCCAAAGACGCAACCUUUCUAUCCAGUUCCGACGCCAUACACCCCCGCUGCUCUGGAGAUAGCGGCUGAGGCCUACAACCCACGUGCGCUGAUGUUGCUUGGCUUAGUUACCACUUGGAUGUGCAGACUCAGCUACAACACAUAUCGACGCGGUCUCUUCAAUCUGAAGGACGAGGACUACCGUUGGGCUGUGCUGCGGUCACAACUUCACCCAGCCCUCUUUCAAAUCGUCAACCUCACGUUCAUCGCAUUCACACAGAAUGUUCUACUCUUGCUCUUGGGAGUCCCAGCAUACUACGCCGCAAUACAACCUGUACAAUCCCUAGACGGUCGCGAUUACGGCGUUAUAGCGCUGACUUUGGUUGUUCUGGCGCUCGAAUUCACGGCAGACAAUCAGCAGUAUUCAUUUCAGACAUACAAGCACACGCCAAGACGAUAUCAUGAACAUCAACAGUGGCCGGGAUCCCGCUUGGACUGGACAAAGGAAGAUGUCGAUCGCGGUUUCUUGACUCGGGGAUCAUGGGCUUGGUGUCGCCAUCCAAACUUCAUGUGCGAACAGUCGUUCUGGUGGAUCAUGAAUCUUGCAUCUCUUCCGCACCUGCCAACUGUACACUUGGCCGCCAUGUUUCAAUCUCCAUUUUCCGAUUGGUUGGAGCAUCUUGGACCGCUCGCCCCGCUCACACCAGCCGUCGCUUUGUCGAUUCUCUUUUUCAGUUCGACUGUGUACACCGAGGCCAUCACCGCUGGCAAGUACAAAGGAUAUGCCGCAUACCAAGCUCGAGUGGGGAUGUUCAGUCCACCGAUCACUGUUUUCAAGCAAUUGAAGUUGGCGAUGACGGGGGAACUGCCUGAUGUCGACAAGAUCGUUUGGGGCUCCAAGUAUCCGAAGCUGAAAACGGAAUGAAGGUGAAACAAGAUGAUCGUCUAACUGAUUCGUCCAUAACCAUCUUCUGAAUGCAAGGCUGCGCGCCGUUGACAUACCAAGUGUCACUGAAACAGUUCUCGACAGCAAUUGUUGAUCGAGAUCAAGCCAAUGAUUAAAAUUAGUAAUAACGCUGAAGGCUAUUGCGGCUUUGUUGGUUGUCCUGUGGACUGCAUCUCGAACUUGAUGACGAGCCUGUUAUACACCCAGACGCGAGCUGCCCUGUAUCCCCGUUUCAUUCGUGUCCAUUUAGUAAAUACAUGCUAGAUCAGUAUCUAAAGUCCCUGGAUAGUCCAAUAUCGCGCUCAAACAAGCUUUGCAAGGGAGACGGUGUUCUUGCCAACGUCAGUAGAGUAGUAAGCGUUCUUGAGGAACACAUCGCCAACAAGCCACUCGGUGUUGCUGGUUCCGAAGCUACCGCCGCUGAUGCCGCUGGAGCAAACACCCUGAGCGUUAGGCUGCGAGACGACCAUGUCACGGGGAUCGAUCGCGAAGGAGGUUUUCCCAACAGUCAAGGCAAUGGUCUGGUUGAAGUUGCACGGGAUGGUGAAUCCUCCGUUUCCGGUGGAUGCCGAGCCUUGGAUCAGAGCAUGGAUCGCGGUGGCAUCGCUGACGGGCGCAACGAUGAGCGUCGUUCCAGUGUCGAGGAUGGCAGUGCGACCAGCAAGACCGGAAUCUUUGCCAUCCACGGUGAACGAAUCGACGGCAGCCUCCCAGAAGCCCUGGGUGUUGACAUUGGGGACAGUGGUCAACGUGGCCUUGUUGAACUUCGUUGCGUCCAGCCCACCGAAGGUGAUUUCACCGUCGUUCAGGCCGUCGGCAGCCCGAGAGAUCUUGUAAGACGUGAUGGCCUCGGUGAUAGAGCCCUGCUUGGCGAGCGCCUCAACCGGGGUCAAGGUCUGCUGCUGAGAAAGAGUUGACUGCGCGAGACCCAUCAGUCCGUCAAACGGAACACUGUCGUCGGUGAAUUGGACGGUCUCCUGCAGAGUAGCACCGAAGGUAUGAGCCUUCAGCGUCAGCCCCGCGAUGGAGACAUCAUCUUGGACGAGGAGACCCUGCACAGCACCGGUUCCGUAAGUGACUUGGAACGGAGUGUUCGACGCCGCGAAGCUGGUCGAUGAAGUGGCGCCCAACGUCAAAUGUUUACCACAGUUGCCACCGGUAGUCGACACGCAAGACUCGGAGGCCACCCACAAGUCCGCAGAGCCAGAAUCCAUGAGGAUCAGGAAGUUCUGGGGAGGAGUUCCCAUCUGCACGGUAGCGAGGUAGCCGAUGUCGGGAGUCCUAUUCUAACAUUAGCCUCGGACAGUAUUCCGAAUUUUGGAACGCACUCGUUGUUCAAAGCCAGCGAGUUGGCAGUAGUCGGGGUGUUGGCAACCUGUACACCAACAGCGGAAUCAGGACCUCCAAUGGCGCUACCCGCAGCUGCGAGGGAAGCGCUUGAAUCAAGGACUCAGUAUGCGGAAUGUGAUCACAUUGUCGAUACUCACGCGGCCUUGUUUCCACCGGCGCGACGCUUAGUGGGCUGGUUGGGAACUUUCCAG